AAAUCUGGGCAGUUUAAAAAAUCGUCCGCCCAGGUGACAUACGACAAAUCUGUUCAAAUUUACAUUCGGAAGAAACAUGGCCAAGCCGAAAGCAGAGAAGAUCGCUACUCCGACUCCUGGUUCCGUACCAGUUGAGAAGAAAAAGGGCAAAGGAAGAGGGAGUGUCCUCGAAAUCGAUGAGCAUCAUGAACAGCUUCGUGAACGAUAUCUUCGAGCGCAUCGCUACUGAAGCUUCUCGUCAGAUUUCGCGCAACAAGAGGUCCACCAUCACGUCUCGGGAAAUCCAAACCGCUGUUCGUCUGCUACUUCCUGGCGAACUCGCUAAACAUGCUGUGAGCGAGGGUGCCAAAGCAGUAACCAAAUAGAUCGAUUGUAUUGUGUCGAGUAGCUUCAGCCUUGGCAAACGCCCGAAGCCAGUUGGCUCGUCGCGCCGCAAUCGAAAUCGUGCACCUUGUGUGGUAUCCGCGGUCUAGACCACAGCCGCACCACCUCGUCUAACAUGCGAAAGAAACGUCCAUAGAGCGCGGAGGCAUCAGCUGUCAAAAAGUGAAAGGUUGUGCGCUCUCUCGCGAUCCCCCACACGCUCAGUUGGACACUGGACUUGCUUCGCUUCGCGCGGCUCGAUCUUCCCUCGUGCUUGAAGGUACUUAUCCGAACGCGGAGCCAAGCUAAACACGUCUGUUCGCGCCUACUCUCGCCAAGUUCUAAAACAGUGUGCGAUUCAGAAGAAAUAGUAUAAUGACGAUAAACGUGCGGCGCGCAAAGUGAGUAAAAGAUUACAGCGAGGACGAUGGAGCAGCAGCAGCAGAAGCAGCAGCAGCAAGAAGCCGAGCGCACGAUGGAGCGGAGCUGUCGCCGUGAUCCUGAUAGCACCGAGGAACUCAGCGCCAUGGAACGGGAGUGCCUGUUCGAGCGCCGGCGCACCGCCAAGCUCGUCGAAUGCAAGGAAAUGCUCCGGCGCAACGGGGCCCAGAAGUACGUGAGGGACGCGUUCAAGACGCUCUUCCGCAACGAGGUUUUCCUGGAGAAGUUGUUCGCUCUGUUCGACCAAGACAGGGACGGUCUGCUGGAGCAAGACGAGUGGAUUGAAUUCUUGAAAGGCAGACUGACCAACGAGAAGCAGAACGACUUCGUCGACCAAAUCGAGAGCGUUGCUUACGUACUCUGCGCCGAGGAGCCGGUCAAUCUCACCACGUUCCGACAGAUAUUCCACACCAAAGGAAUAAUAGAAAAAUUAUUCAAGCUCAUCGACAUAGAAUGCACAGGAAGUGUGAGCCCUGAGCAAAUAAUGGAAUUCAUUGCAUCCAUCAGUAAUCCAAGGGCAAGAAUCGGCUUUGACGAGCGUAAUCUAGAAUGGCUAGAAAAGAUUUUCAAGCAAACCGUCGGAAACGAGAAGGAAAUUCGGCGGGAGGAGUUCAAAAAAAUCGUCACAUCGAAAAAUCCAUUCUUCACGGAAAGAGUCUUCCAGAUCUUCGACAAGGACAAUUCCGGGACGAUAUCGCUGCAGGAAUUCCUCGACGCGAUGCACCAGUUCGCCGGCAAAACGCCCGACGACAAGAUCAGGUUCCUCUUCAAGGUCUACGACAUAGACGGUGACGGCCUGAUCCAGCUCCGCGAGCUCGAGCACGUGCUGCGCGCCUGCAUGGAGGAGAACGGCAUGAGCUUUAGCGAUGAACAGAUCGAGGAUCUGACGAUCGCCCUCUUCGAGGACGCGGACCAAGGAAACCGCGGAGCGAUCACCUUCGAGGCGCUCAAAAGGCAGCUGGAGAAGCACGAGGGACUCCUGGAAAAUCUUACCAUCAGCAUAGACCGAUGGCUGGUCCCGCCGAAGCCGGAAGAGCCGACAAAGUCCUACCUAAAGUUCCUGCCUCAGCUGCGCCCGUAUCAGUUGACGAAGCCAUACCUGAAGAACAACUACGUGAAACUCUCGUUCAUAUCCAUCUUCGUGAUCAUCAACUUUGCCCUCUUCGCCUCGAGAGCUUACCAGUACAGGCGCGAGAACGGAUACGUCAUCUUGGCUCGCGCUUGCGGACAGUGCCUCAACUUGGACUGCACGUUCAUCCUGGUACUGAUGCUGCGGCAAUGCAUCACCUUCCUGCGAACGCACGGCUUCAGCUCGGUUCUGCCGCUGGACAACCACAUCUACCUGCACAAAAUGACCGGCGCCUUCGUCUGCAUAUUCAGCGUACUGCACACACUGAUGCACCUGCUCAACUUCGGCACGAUUGUGAUCAACGACCACGAGCACCUGAACAGCGCAAAUUACACGAUGUCCGAGUGGCUGCUGACGAGUCGCCCUCGGCUCUUUGGCCUGGUGGCCGGGGGCGCCAACCCGACCGGCGUCGCUUUGAUCGUCAUCCUUGCCAUCAUGACCGCCUGCUCGAUGCCGUUCGUGCGCAGAGGCGGAUGUUUCGAGGUCUUUUACUGGUCUCACCUGCUGUACGUACCAUUCUGGAUACUCAUGAUCUUCCACGGGCCGAACUUUUGGAAGUGGUUCGUGUUGCCGGGCAGCAUCUACGCGAUUGAGCGCAUUCGCAGACUAGCUUGGGUACAUGCGCAGCGCGGCAAGACCUACAUUAGCUCGGGCCUACUGUUGCCAUCGAAGGUCACCCAUCUGGUGAUCAAGCGGCCGCCGAACUUUGACUUCCGGCCCGGCGACUACGUCUUCGUCAACGUGCCCGUCAUCGCCAAGUACGAGUGGCAUCCGUUCACCAUCAGCAGCGCACCCGAGCAGGAGGAAUACAUGUGGCUGCACAUUCGGGCAGUGGGCGAGUGGACUACCAGCCUCUACUCUUACUUCGACAAGGAGCAGCAAAAGCUUCACCGAGGCGAAGUCUUAGCCGUGGACAAUUGCACAGUUAGAACGACGCCAUGCCAAGCCGUCAAGAGCAUACCGGCUAUUCUCGAGAAAAAAUUCUCAAACGACUCGCUGGAAGACCCCCAGCCGGGAGGUCUGGAGAAUCCAGUAUUCGUGCCCGAGGCCGACAAGACGUCGUCGUCGAAUCCCGCCAUAGGUUCCCCCUCGUCUUUCGCCACCGCCGCAGAGCUGAGCUCCAGCCCGGCGAGAACGCCGCGAGAGAAGAAGCUGCAUCAGCUGCUUCUGAGCAGCAAGAUGCCCCUCGAAAAGUCAUUUUCCAUGCCUGACAUCCAGACAAAAACGAAAAAACGCCAGCGAAUGAUGGUCCUCCGCGACUACACGAGAUCCGAGUCCGAGAAGAGUUUCGACGAGUGUUCGAUACGCCGAGCGAGACUGAAGUCGCUGGGCUUGGCUUACCUGAGCCCGCAGAACAAGUCACUGGCUCAGAGUUUUCGUUACAUGCGCACGAAGCCGACUAUAAUUGCAUUCAAGACCCCGAGUUUGGAAAACUGCGAGUACGAAGUGCCCGCCUCAGCCGCGUCAAAAACGACGACCGACGCAGACGAGCCGAAGCCAGAAACGCAAACAAUACCAGCAGCAGCUGCCGAAGAAGGCAGAGUCGGAACGCUGUACGGCGCUCAGAGAAGAAGGCAGAGCUGCUUCAGAGGCGUCAAGUCCGAAACAUUCUGCUACUCUCCGGUGAAUUAUCCAGUUGGAAAGCCACUCGAGAUCUACCUGGACGGGCCGUACGGUGCCCCGUCGAGCCACAUCUUCCAGGCCCAGCACGCCGUCCUGAUAGCGACCGGCAUCGGGGUCACGCCCUUCGCCUCGAUACUCCAGUCCAUCAUGCACCGUUACUGGAAAGCAAGGCACACCUGUCCGAAGUGCUCCUUCGCCUGGGCCAGCGAAAUACCCGCCAGCGUCAUGAAUCUCAGAAAGGUCGACUUCUUCUGGAUCAACCGGGACCAGCGCUCGUUCGAGUGGUUCGUCAACCUGCUCUCGCAGCUCGAAAUGGAGCAGGCUGAGCUCGGAGCGACAAUGGAGCGAUUCCUCGAGAUGCACAUGUACAUAACCAGCGCUCUGCAGAAGAGUGACAUGAAGGCGGUCGGACUGCAGCUGGCGCUUGAUUUGCUGCACGAGAAGGAGAAGCGGGAUCUCAUUACGGGUCUGAAGACACGAACGAACGCUGGCCGACCCAACUGGGACAAGGUUUUCAAGCAGCUGCAGGAUCGCAAGAAGGGUAAGGUGACGGUCUUCUACUGCGGACCUCCUCAGCUAGCCCGCAUCCUGCGAUACAAGUGCGACCAGUUCGGGUUCAACUUCCGCAAGGAGUCCUUCUAAAGUCUAGCUGAUUGCGAUGCAACCGUAUAGUUUUAUGUCGAGCGUUGUUCGUGUAUUUUCAAACUGCAAAUCUUUUCAUUGCUGUUUUCCUGAUUCCUUUUAAAUUUUUUAAGCUAUAAUCAAUCGAACGUCACAUUAUUUGUCAUUCUAUAUGAUAUCAAAUGAAUGCGCCGAAUGCAUUCUAGCGAGAUAAGAAUAUAAUGAUAUACCUUCAACGAAACCCUCAAUUUUUCAUCAAAUAGUCUUAUUUAUUUAUAUUUUAUCAAAAUUUGUGCGUUUGUAUGCAUGUGUGUGUGUGUGUGUGAAAUACUCUCUGAAUUGAAUCUUUGGUAAAGCCUUAUGAAUCCUUUUAAAUUGGGCAAUAGCACGUUUGUGUAUCGCAAUAUCGUUUUCUUGUGUUUUUUUUUAUUAGACUUUUCAUUGAAUCUCUUCUUUGGAUACUUCUUAAACAUAGGUAUAGUAUAUCGCGACUUAGAAUAAUUGUGUAAAUAUAUUUUUGUUGGGCAUAUACAAAUCCACAAAUUAGUAGAUCACAAUUAUCAAUACAUCUGUUAAUAAAUGAAGUUCUGCAUUCCAAAAUUUCGCAGGGCUCUCGGAUAAAAAUCUGACGCAUUUUCAUACUAACUAUAUUUUUAUAACUAACGAUUUUCCAAUAAAAAUAAAUAAUUCUUUAUUGA